GUCUGACGCAAUUGAUUUAUCCCGCGGCCUCACGGGUAGCAAACUUUGACGAUCCAUUAGUCUACCAAGGUCAACAUUCACUCGUGCCAAGUUUAAAUUGGCCGAGAUACAUUCGAAACAAACUUACCGCAAUACCAUUUCUGGUCAAAACAACCAUAAUGCCUCCCUCAGUCCACUCACCCAGACGGUCCCCCCAGACUGCCGCAAAGGGUAUCCCGCGCAACCCGACUCGUCGACCUUCCGCUCAUUCCCUCGAACACACCCUGACGGGUCGCUCACCUAGAACUUCAAACAAGGGCCUCGCUCUUGGGUCAUUGGGCAUGGACCGGAAACGCAGAGCAUCGUCUAUAUCGGUCUCCAGUGUGUCGUCGGUCUCCUCCAUCGAGGAGCUCAGCGACGAAGACGAUAACGACUCGGAGGACGAUGAUGCCGACGAUGAAGAAGAUGAACAGCCGGCUGUUCGCGGCCCGUCUUAUGGCCGUCGGGAUCGGUCUCAUAAGACGGGCAUGAAGUCUGCCAAACGGACCAAGAAGAUGAAGUUCUCCGAUGACGAUGGCUACGAUGGCCAAGGAAGCAGUGACGAUGACGACGAUGACGAUUCGGACGAGGAAAACUCGGAUGAUAUCUAUGCUGCCGUUGAUUAUAUCAGUGACGGAGAAGACGAUGAGGACAACGAUGUGGAGAAACUCGAGGAAUUGUUGAUCGUCGAGUCCGAGGAUGAGCAUGCCGUUGAGAACAUCUUGACCGCCGCCGCCGCCACAGAGACCAAUGACUGGGCCGGCCCCAAUGUCUUUGACGACCAUAUGCUCCUGUCGGCUGCGUCAUUUUUCGACGAGGAACAGCUCUAUAGCGCCAUGGAGACCUUCGGCGACGAGAUGGCCAGCGAGACUGCCGUCGAGACACCCAUGCCCCGCCGGGUGCACUUCGAAGAAGACUCCGAUUCUUCCUCCGACAGUGAUUCACACACUGAAGACGAGAUCCCAAGUGACUUUCUCCAACAGGACAGUCUGGAUCCCCAGCUGCGCCGUAUGAUCGAGAGCGACAACGAGAAUUUCCCGCGCCAGCGCCGUCAGUCAGAGGAGAUGUUUGCCGAGUCUGACUACGGACAUUCGAACAUUUAUCACGUGGAAUCCGAUGCUGUUUCCGAGGGUUCGGAAUCGAGCGGCUAUGAGACCGAUGAUGGCGAGACCACAGAUGAAGACCUUCCUCCCCCGGCUACCAUUACUCAUCCCAGGUCUAUCCUUCGCCGCGAUUCAUCCGCCUCUCUUGCACCUCCCGUCGAAGAAAAGCCUGAGCCUGUGAGUCGGCGGCGCGGGCCUAUCAUGGGUACCUUCGUCGCGGACCCACAUAAGCCUGUUGCGCUCGUUGAUUGCACUGGCAAACAUCUGGUCAUCAUUCCCGCCUAUGCCUCGUCUCGUCAUGACUGGCUGGAGUCCGCUACCAACAGUGUAUGUGGUACAGCUCAUAACAGCCCACGUGCCACCACCAUGCAUCUCAUCGAUGAAAGUGACACAGAUGCGCUCGCAUCGCCCGGCCACCUCGAUAUGAGCCCGAUGCUGGCCUCAAGUGCCAAUUUGAUGAUGACGGCACUUGGCAAUGAUAUUGCCCCAGGCGGACAGGUGAUGGGACCCCCUGAGGCUUUCUACCCGUCUCGGGACUUUGCCAUUGACAGUUCCUUCGAGGACGACGAUGAGGAUGAUCCGGAAUCAGCCCUGAAUGUCGAGGACUUCAUUGACUUCGGCCAUCAGUCGUCCGACGAUGAGAUGGACAAGGUGUUUGAAGAGGAAACACUACUCUCACCCAUGGCAGCUCAGACCAAGCAUGCCGGCACUGGCACGCCCACCCCGAGCCGGGCUGGCGAGUCCCAUCAUGCUAGCAGUGCAGAGCGGUUUCUUAACCAUCUGGAUCGAGGCAUUGUGACGGCCUUCCGCCGCAAUCACAACCGCUACCAGGCACUGCUGCGUCUACCCCAACAUCGGGAGUUUAUGCCCGCCAACUCACCCUCUCGCCCUGCAAGUGUGUUUAGACACGCACGUAAUGCAGACCAGCGAACCCCUACGCGUAAGCGGAAACCGAACGGGUACAACGGUGGGGAAGCCGUCCGACGAAAGUUGAUGGAUGCCCAUCGUCGCAGCCAGCUUCCUUUCUAGAAAUGCUGACUGUCGAAAUCUUCUAUGACCCUUGUCACUCAGGUCCUAUGGCGCACCCAUCAGUGUGGUAGCCCUUGCUGAGCUAAAAACAACCUAAAACAAUACGAUCAAUUGUACAUUGCUGCAAAAGUGUUGAUAUCCAAAAAGAUGGAGACCUAAUUCUCGACAAAAGCAUAGAACGGUACUCGGACUGCAUGUUCUGACUGAAACAGUCGAUUUACUCUCAUGGUCUAGAGGAUUGGAGG